UCCUCGCUCGGCCGCCGCCCGCCCAGACGCGCCGCCCGCUCGCGCUGCGACCAUGGAACGCCCCGGAGCGGGAGGAAUAAAUUCCAAUGAAUGUGAAAAUGUGUCAAGAGAAAAAAUGUCAGAGGGAAUGGAAGCCAAUACUGUGGAUUCGCUGGUAGACAUGCCAUUUGCUGCUAUAGAUAUUAAAGAUGAUUGUGGAAUCACUGAUGCACCUCAAAUAAAUUUGGAGAGAAAUAAAGAAAAUGAAUGGAUCAAGAGUGAUCAAAUACCAAAGAGGAAAAAAAAGCGCAAAGAUUAUCAACCCAACUAUUUCCUAUCCAUUCCGAUCACCAACAAUGAGAUUACAGGAGGAAUUAAGAUCCUGCAAAAUGCAAUAAUACAACAAGAUAAGCGACUGGCCAAAGCAAUGGUUGGUGAUGGCUCCUUUCAUAUUACCCUGCUAGUGAUGCAGCUGUUAAAUGAAGAUGAAAUAAACAUUGGUAUUGAUGCUCUUUUGGAAUUAAAACCCUUCAUAGAAGAAAUCCUUCAAGGAAAACAUUUGACUUUGCCCUUUCAAGGGAUUGGUACUUUUGGAGAUCAGGUUGGAUUUGUGAAGCUGGCCGAAGGGGAUCACAUAAGCACACUUUUGGAAAUAGCAGACAUUGCAAAAAGGACAUUUCAAGGAAAAGGCAUCCUGGCAGGAGAAAGCAGAAGUUUUAAGCCUCAUUUGACCUUCAUGAAAUUGUCAAAAGCACCAUGGCUCCGUAAGAAUGGAGUGAAAAAAAUAGACCCUGAAUUCUAUGAAAAAUUUAUCAGUCACAGAUUUGGAGAAGAAAUGUUAUAUCGCAUAGAUCUUUGCUCCAUGCUAAAGAAAAAACAAUGUAAUGGAUAUUAUCACUGUGAGUCUUCAAUUGUGAUUGGCAAGAAACCUAUUGGAAUCCGAGACUUAAUUAAUGAAGCCUUGCAUCGAGAAAGGAUGGGUCUGAAGUCCAAAGUGAAACACAUAAAGGAACUAUUAUUAAAGCCUGAGAUUCAGGCCAAAAUUAGAAGGGAGCUUUUUGAAGGAAGACUCAUUAACAACAGUAAUCAGGCAAAUGAUGUUAAUUUCAGCGGGACUCAGACAUAAGCUCCUCAUUGCUAUUAUGGUAACAUAGUUUAUGAAAUCUUUUCAGCUUAUUAAGUAGCUCUUUGGUAAAUACCACAAAAGUGUUCUGAUAGUGUCUGCACAACAACAAACCAACAUUUGGUAAGGAAUUAACCAUUUCUUGCCAAAGAAAAUUAAUUCUGCCCAUGUUCUUUUUUUUUUUUUUUUAGCUAAACUUGUGUUUUGGAAUGUUUGAUUCUGUACUAUUGAGAGUUAAUUUACAGAACUGACUCUUACUUAGCUGUUCUGAGAUAAAAAAAUACAGACUGGGUCCUUGCAGAUAAAAAAUACAGACUGUAAAAAAUCAUUUACAGACAAAAAAACUAACAAAACCAACAGUAUUUUAAGGGCCACUUGCCUCCGUUUGACAUGAUUGUUAAAUCAAAAGAAGCAUUGUUUAGGUGUAUCUGCAUCUAGUGUUAACUUUUAAUGAGAAUUUGAAUGUUUAUUGAACGUUAGUACUUGAAUAAACAUUUAUAAAUGUAAUUAUUGCAAUGACUGGUUAAGAAUGUUUCAUAGUAUCCAUAUGUAUUAUUUUUCACUGAUCAAAAUAUAGUCUGCUUGUUCAUUUCUUAAUGGAUAAAUGUUUGGGAUUUUUAUUUUCUACUUUUCUGAAGAUAAACCCCAGGUUUUAUCAUAUCCCUUGUAAUCUGAAUUUGUUUGCACUGGUUUAUUUUUAAGGGCAUUCUCGAAAAAUUUCCCCCAUAUCAUGAUUAUUUGUAACAGCUUUUUCUAUAGUCAUUGUAAAAUUCCUGCUACUAAUAGAUCAUGAUCGAUGGGGAAAUUAUAAGAGAUUGAUCAUGUAAUCAUUUCAAAUAUAAAAUCCAGUUUACUCAUGGAUUUUAGCUAUUUUUU